AUGUCUGCAGUUUCAACCUCAACCGUUAAUCCACAGGGACAGGGAGUUCGCCAAUCGGCUAGACAGACUCGUACAAACCCUUCUCGAACCUCGAAAACCGUCGGUCGAUCCUCUUUUGGCUAUGGUCGCGGCUCGACAGCCGAGAUCCCCUCUACGCCCCCUGUGCCUCAUGGCUUUUAUCCUGCCCUCACACAUUUCACCGAUGCGAUCACUGCUCUUCCUCGCGAGUUUCGUCGUCACAAUUCUCUCUUGAAAGAAGUAGACGCUAAGGCGUGGGCGUUGGAGGAAAACCUCUUGCAGCUGCUUGAGCUUUCCUCUGCGUCGCAUCCUGUGCCUGGUCCACAGCAUCCAGCUCCCAUUGUUGCUGGCGUAGUACGAGAUGAUGUAUUACCCAAGGAGCUUUCCCAGGUGCCCGAGUCACCCGAAAGUAAAAACCGUCGUCUCCUCUUUGACCGCGUGCGCCAAAGCCUCUCCGAUCUCAUGAUGACAGCUGAUGAGAAAAACCAUGUGAUUUCGAAUGCGAAUGAGGAAUUGGACCGUCAGGUUAUUCGUCUGGAUACCGUUUUCCCGUACAUUGCGGGCGAGAUCAGCGAAGAAGCGCGCCUGGGUAGCCUGUCGCACUGGGCAUAUUCUAAUAAGAAUGCCGCCAAGACGACAGCUAAUGAGCGCCCACGCCGUGAAGCUGUCUCGCAUAGACAGGAUCUGGCGCAUGCGCUUCAUGAGGCUGAAGCUGCUAGUCGUAGCGAGCAGCGGCGCGAAGCGGUCAUGGCGCGGAAACAGCGUCGUACAAAUGCGGAUGCUGAUUAUGAAGAUACUCGUGGGGCUCGGAAGCCUGCGACUGCCAAGUCUCGUGGGGAGAAUGCGGGGACUGAGCAGGGUGCUACUACUAAGCGUCGGAAGGUUGAAAGACCUCCCGCUAUGGAUCUGGCUACCCCGAUGGAACGCUCUGCUAGUGGUGCUACUAGCCAGAGAGGUACCAAUAAGGAUGGAACAGAGAAGAAGCGCCGUGCUCCCAAUGCAGGGACUACUGCAGCUCGGAAGAAGACGAAUGCUGCUUCGAAUGCUGGAUCUCCUGUCCUGGCUCCUUCCCCUCUUAUUGGCACUUUCAAUGCCCCGCGUGGAGCUGCAAGCCCUGGUCCUGCUCCUAAUGCAGCAGCACGUCCGCAAUCCUCUCGAGCUCAGCAGAAUGCGGGACAAGCAAACAACACUCGACAAAGGCCCUCAUCAUCAGCUUCGAAUCGUGUCACGCAAGCGAACACCAAACCCGCCGACCCCAGAUCCACACCCCGCGACGGACCCCUCAAAACAGAAACCACAAACUCCGACGCAAACCGAAAUUACGAAGGCGAAGCUGCACGCAUUGCAGCACCUACAGGAGCCAAGCGUGAUGAGGUGGACGGACGCCCAGCAGAAGCCAUCGAGACCGAGCAGCCUAAAGGCCGAAACUCCAAGACCUCUACGCCAUUGCUUCCAUUCGCCGAGCCUGUCCAGCCUCGAUCUCGUCCAACGCGGAGUACAGAUCCCGCACCGAAUAAGCGCAACGCUAAGAAGACCGCUGUGCCGGUUCCUCCUAUCCCAUCUGACGAGGAAUCCAUUCACGAAGGUGAUGACGAAGAUGAAGAUGGAGAACCCCGAUACUGUUAUUGUAAUGAGAUCAGUUUCGGUGAGAUGGUCGCGUGUGACAAUGAUGCUUGUCCGCGCGAGUGGUUCCACUUGUCUUGUGUAGGGUUGACCAAACCGCCUGGGAAAAAUGUCAAAUGGUAUUGCAAUGAGUGCAAAGAGAAUAUGCGGAGAGGUCGAAAUGGGCGGUAA